AUGGACGUAACGCACUUCAAUGCCACGCGCGACAGCGGCGGCGGGGGCGGCACCAACUCCACGCGGCCGUGGCCGCACGCGGACGUGGCGGCGGCCUUCAUCAUCCUCGUGGUCUCGCUCCUCAUCCUCUUGACCAUCGUUGGGAACGCGCUGGUGAUCGUGGCCGUGCUGACCAGCCGCGCGCUCCGCGCCCCGCAGAACCUCUUCCUUGUGUCGCUGGCGUGCGCCGACGUGCUCGUGGCCGCGCUCGUGAUCCCGUUCUCGCUGGCCAACGAGGUGAUGGGCUACUGGUACUUCGGCAGCGCGUGGUGCGCGCUCUACCUGGCGCUGGACGUCCUGUUCUGCACGUCGUCCAUCGUGCACCUGUGCGCCAUCAGUCUGGACCGCUACUGGUCGGUGACGCGCGCCGUGCGCUACAACCUGAAGCGCACGCCGUCGCGGGUGCGCUGCGCCAUCGCCGCCGUGUGGCUCGUGUCUGCUGUCAUCUCCUUCCCGCCGAUCGUGGUCACGCGCCACGGCGAGGGCGAGUGCCUUCUGAACGACGAGCCGUGGUACAUCCUCUCCUCCGCGCUCGUGUCCUUCUUCGCGCCCGGACUCAUCAUGGUCACCGUCUACUGCAAGAUUUACCGCGUGGCCAAGCAGCGCUCGGCCACCGUGUGCGCGGCGCAGAACGGCACCAUAGCGGCCGCGGUGGCCAAGGCGACGGCGGCGGCGACGAUGCGCUCGGACGGCUGCGCUGCGCGCCGCCGCGCCGCCGACACGGAGAGCGUGAGCAGCUCCGGAAGCGACGCGCGGCGCGAGGAGCUCGACGACAUCGACCUGGAGGAGAGCGGCGUGGGGAGAACGCGAGACAGCGGCAGCGGUGGCGCGAGCACCGCUGGCGGAGGUGGAGGAGGAGGAGGUGGAGGGAGUGGAGGAGGUUGCCGUCGCGCGCCCUGGGCCACCAGCCGCGCGCUCAUUCCAACUCUGCGGCCGCUGCACCAGCCGCCACCUUCCUCGCGCUCGCGCUCGCACCUGGGAGCGUGCCGGAGCAGAGCGGCGCAGCUGCGCGAGAAGCGCUUCACGUUCGUGCUCGCGGUGGUGAUGGGCGGCUUCGUGCUCUGCUGGUUCCCCUUCUUCUUCACGUACAGCCUGCGCGCGGUGUGCGGGGAAAGCUGCGCCGCGCCGGAGGGUCUCUUCAAGCUCUUCUUCUGGAUCGGAUACUGCAACAGCUCCGUGAACCCCAUCAUCUACACGGUCUUCAACAGGGACUUCAGAAAGGCUUUCAAGAAAAUACUGGGCCUCAGCCAACCUGCGCGGACUUGAUGAUCACCAAUGAGUUCCACAGACCACAACCAAAAGGAAACAAAACAGGGCUGGAGGAACAUUCAUAGUGAUGAGGGACCGUAUAUGAUGCUGAAGGAACACACAAAGCCUACACAGUGCUGAGGACACAUAUAGAGGGCUGAGGACACGUACAGAGGGCUGAGGACACACACGGAGGGCUGAGGACACACACAGAGGGCUGAAUUCACUCUUUCGUUAUUGGAUUAAUACAGUUUAAACAGUUCUGCACUUCAUUUACUUUAUUCCAAUGUGCACACUAUUAGUCAAAAGUUUGGACAUACCUAACUGAAUAUGCAUUUUUCAUAAUGAUGCAGAUGCAGAAAAGGAAAACAUGAAAUUUGACAGGCUAUUGGCACCUAUCAUAGGUUGAUUCCUAUGAUUCUGAUUUAUAACACACACACACAGACAGACACACACACACACACAUACACAGUCCUGUGCAAAACUCUAUAGGCGUUAAUAUGCUUGCUUAACCAUUUCCAUCCCUCUUCAACACUCCAGGACGCUCAGCAUUGUAUGUAGCUAUCAUCCAAUACCUGGUUCAGCUAAUCAGUCCUUCAUUAAAGCAAUCAAGUGAGCUGCUGGGGGAAUCUAACAAAUCCAUGCAAUGGUGGGAGUUCACAGAGAAGUCGAUAAAUUAAGCCUGUGCUCUUCUAACCAACAAAUUCUUGCUACUUAUUACUGCAUUUAUGUUGCCUUGGUGCAAUUUACUUAAGUGCCCAAGCAAGACUUGUUUGCAGCAACAUACAUACUUGUAUAGAGGACUCCAAAAGUCUGAGACCUCAUCAAAAAUGUAAAACAAGGACACGUUAUGACGAGUAAAAGGUUCAAGAUUCAAGAUUCGGCACCAUUUCUAAGUAACUACUGAAAUUUAAGCAAUUUUGUGAUACUGACCAUGUUGAGGCCUUGGUAUAAAAGGUCAUUUUUAUUUGUUAUUCAUAUUUUUUUUGGAAUUAUCUCUUCCAUUAAAGUUCGUAUCCAGAAGACUCUCAGGAGGAUUUGAUCUUUGAUCUAGCUUUUACACAAAAUUGUGGA